AUGGCUUCUUCCUCAGACAUUCAAAUCAUUCAAAUCAAUGCUCCCACCAACUUUCCUAUAAGAUUAACAUCCUCCAACUUUCAAGUCUGGAGGCGACAAAUUCAAGCCUCGUUCAUUGGCUUGGGUUUGCUUGGCUAUGUUGAUGGCACAACUCAGGCCCCUCCUCAGUUCUCUGACACGGCUCAGAAGGAAGUCAACCUUGCCUACACCAUUUGGUUUAGACAAGAUCAAACCAUCCUGAAUGCUAUUCUAGGGAGCUGCUCCAACACCAUUCAACCGUUGAUCUCGUCAGUAGUAUCUUCGGCAAUGGCAUGGAACCGGUUAACAUCCACCUAUCCUAGUUCCUCGCCAUCCCACAUUGUGUCACUCAAGACUAAACUGGCGUCCAAUCCUCAAAACGGCCGCCCGAUAGAAGAAUAUGUGGAUGACAUGUUCAGCAUUGCAGAAUCACUUGCCCUUGCUCAACAUCCAAUUAGUGAGCAAGACCUGGUGGUUCAUAUUCUCACUCAGUUAAAUGAUGAAUAUGAUCAUAUCGUCCCCGCCCUCCGUGUGCGUCCAGAACCCAUCACUUUCUCGGAAUUAAAAGACGUGCUUGUUGAGUUCGAAAGACAGCAACGGAAGAAAGAUGCGGCUAGACAAUCUAUGGUUGCGACUGUGAACGUAACGCAAAAGCUGCCGGGGUACUCCAACUCUGGCCGGAACAAUUCUAAAUCAAAUAGAGGUAAUACUGGUCAAUCCUUUUCACAAUAUUCGCAAUCACGGAAUUUUAAUCCCCACCGUCGGAGUGUAAUCUGUAAGUUCUGCAAUCUCACCGGUCAUGAGACACGUGAGUGUCGCAAGUUGCAACGUUUUCUACGGGAUAAUAAUGUUUCACUAGAAGCUAAGUAUGGCACCAAACCAGUGGUCAACGCUACCACGACUACUUCUGCUCAUCAUCAACAACCGUGGUUGUUUGAUUCUGGCGCGUCCCAUCAUACUACUUCUGACCCGUCAGUGCUACACUCUGUUACUGAGUAUGGUGGUCCAGACCAAAUCCACCUUGGCGAUGGUACGUCUUUGUCAAUAUCUCAUACUGUUAUUUUGUGA